GUCCGCCGUCCGGGUAAGAAGCGUGGGAAUCCGGCGCAAGUCAUGGAAGAGGCACGCGUGUCUGGAUGUCCGGCGGUCCCCGGGAAUCGAUGGACGACCUCUACAGCGUGUGCUCAAGUUUCCAUGGCAACCAGAUGUUGUGUUUAGAAAUCUAUCUCACGAUCUUGAUUGCUUCUCAUCUCCCCUGCUGUGAGACUCUAAAGUAACACGGGAAACAAAAUUGACACUUUGGAACGGUUUACUGUCUUCGUGAAAUAUGUAAUUUGUUCUAAAGGGGAAAGACACUUCGACACUUGGGAAACUAUUGGGAGAAGUGCUUGGAGCUCAAUGUAUAAAGAUGACACUUGGGAUAGAUCUUUAUUUAUAAGACUGCGCAACUGAAAGUUUCAUGAGUACUUGAGUGAGGAAUUCAUGAAUUUUCGAAUGAAGCAAUAGAACACAUAUCUUUACCCUAAACUGAUACUUGAUAUGAAGUGGAACUAGACCAUUCAAGACUUUGAAACAAAUGAUACAUAUAUCAUUGACAAACUUAUGAAACAUUUAAAGUAGAAUGAACAUAAUAAUAUUAUGGUAAAAACAGAAGACAUUUCCAUUCCUAAUGGUAUAUAUGAUAUCAAAUCUGAAUGUUUUUGCGCAUUUUGAAAAUGGUUAAAAUGGUAUGGUUUCGGAAUAUACGAAAUAAUUUUUUUACUGAAAAACAAAGCACGUUUUAAUGUUUUGAAUACCUGCUUCAGUUAAAAUAUAAUAAACUUAGUAGCUCAUUGUAUCAAUCAAAAAUUGUUUUAUCUUUGUCAAUUAAGGAAAAAUUAAAAGUGCAAGAAUCUUCAUACGGCAGAAACGAGUUGGUGCUGAAAACGAAUACUGAAAAACUAGAGACGAUAACUUUGAGCUCCGUGAUAUUCAACUAUAAAAAUUGCUGAACAAUUUAAAACUUUUAAAAUCGUUCUAUGAAAUAAGCAAUGAUAUGUUGUAUUGGUGCAUAAGGGAAUAUGAAAAUCGAUAAGAAUUUGUAUAUUAUUGAGUAUUAAAAUAAAUAGAAAAACAUAAAAUAAAUUUCUAAAUAACCAUACUAAAAUGGAGGUCAGUGAAGGAGAAGAAGAAAGGGAGUCUCCAACAGAGAGGACAGCCCUCGAAACUCCAGUCAUUGUACCCCAGUACAUGAAAAAUGUUCCAGUGAAAAAGAUUCGUCAUCCGACAGAGCGUAGCAUUGUGCCCACAGUCAUCUUGUCCACAGCGUUCGUUGUAGGUGGACUUGCUUUUGGCCUUCCUGUAGUGGCUACCCUGACUGUGGCUGUCGUGUUCGUAGGAAUGGUCAGGAUAGCUGUGGCUUUCUGCUGUGCCAGUCGGAUGGGAUAUGGCUUCGCUGGCUGUACUGGUUUGCUGUCUGCAACAGACGCCUUCUGGUUGCACGACUCCCACUUCAACUGUUAUGUGGCGCACUGUCUUUUCUUCGUCGAACGAGGUCUCGAUGUCAGGACCACCAGGGAAAUACUCCAGAGCAGGGUCAUCGAUAAAACGACUGAAAAUGGCGAAAGGGCUUUUGCAAGAUUUACCCAGAAAGUAGUUUCUGCUUCUGCAGGCUAUUGCUGGGUGGAUGACAGCGAAUUUGACAUUGAAAAACAUGUGUUCGAAGAGGCUCGUAAGGUGAGGACACGCCACCAAUUGAGGGACCUCAUAUCGUCUCUCAUGAGUCACCCACUUGCUCCAAACAAACCCCUCUGGGAAGUAAGAAUGAUUAAGAACUAUGGUUACGCCAGAGAUACAAUUCUGAUUGUUCGUGUUCAUCAUGCUCUAGGUGAUGGCAUCACCUUCGUUAAGAUUCUCAGUAACUUCCUAGCAGACCACCCCCAGAUGUUGAGACUGAAGCCUCGCAUUGGGGGGACAACUUUUCCACUGAAUGUGUUCCGUGCGGCAGUCGUCGCGCCACUGACAUUAUUAACUUGGCUGUGUGCGCGGCGAGAUUACAACCCGAUCUCUCACCGACAGCCUCUGUCCGGUAAGAGAUCGGUAGGGUGGUCAUCGGGCAUCCGUUUCGCUGCAGUAGAUCGCAUUCGACAGGUGACCCACUGCAGCGUCAACGAUAUUCUCAUGGCAGCCGCUAGAGGAGCCAUCAGGGACUAUUUCAGGCAACACUGUGGAGUGCAUUCCCCUCCAGAUGUAACGGUGAACAUUCCCUUGGAUCUCCGUUACGAGCCCACCUCCAUGGAGACCUUCCCCGAACUGGGCACUGGCUUCACAGUGGUCAACGCCCGCCUUCCAACCCGAACCGAAGGGGCCAUCCCCGGCCUCUGGGCCGUACAUCAGUGCAUGGAGGAAUUGAAGAGCUCAUGCGACCCCGUCGUCAUGUAUAGUGCCAUCCACUAUCUCAUGACCCUGCUGCCCGCCUGCCUCUGUCAGUGGCUGGUCAGAACGGUCCUGAGAACGGCCAGCCUGUCCUUCUGCAGCCUGCCCGGGCCGGAGAGGCCCAUCAUGUUAGCCUCUUGCCGCCUCAAGUCUGUCACCUUCUGGAUGAACUCCCAUCCGGACGUCCCCGUGGCCUUCUGCGUUUUCUCCUAUGCCGGGAACUUCUAUGUGGCGGUGUCGGCGGAUAGUGGCACCAUUGCUUCACCCAAGAUUCUGGUGAAAGGAUUCACGACUCAUUUGGAUCGGAUGUACAGCAUUGUGGCAAAGCGGAAAAUCCCCGGGCAAGAGCGGAGGAGGAGCUCUUUUACUGCCGAGAGAAGACGAGAAGAAAUUUACAAACCUUCAGUCAAGGAAAUAAAUGCCAAGUUGCAUGCGGUUCAGGACGAGCUGCACGAGAUCACUCGGAAGCUGGAGGUGAUGUCUUUGCCCGGAUACGUGCAUCCCGUGGAGUACGCCCCUGCUCCUGUGUACCAGAAAGCCCUCAACCACCGCAUGGAGGAGCUGAAGGAGGAGUUCGUGGAGCUCAUCACCGAACUCAGGAAGCGGAAGACGGUCGCUGGAGGCAUCAUCGUCGACGUCGAGGACGUUCACUACGACCACGAUCUGGACGGCGAGUUACGGCGUCCUCGCCGGAUUUCAAACCAGGGUCGUCGCCCCAGUUUCACAGCCCUCACUACCCUCCUAUCAACUUCACGCCCCUUGCUCACGCAGUACGCCCCAGCAGCUGCCCACCAAGCUCUCUACUACGUCCCAUCCGAUCCAGACUUGGAAGUGCGAACUACACCGGAACAGCAGAGGGCUUUGUUGGCCAGGAGCAAUGAAGAAUGUUAUGUCGCUCGAAAUGUCGGCACGUACCGAAGGGAUAAUGCUUACUGAGGAAGAAAAAAAGAACCUCCAGCAGGACGGGAUCCUUAGAAAAUGGAAUCUAUCUUCGUUUUAUUCUCUUCUCUCUUUCGCACAACAAAGAAUUUCUUAUGGAGGGAAAAAUUCGACAGCCAUCGAUCGAACGAAACGCCCGGAGCUUC